AUGGCUUCCCCUAGCGUUCUCACCUUUGACGCUGAGGGUCGGGCAGUGGACUUUGAGGUCUGGGUAGAUGAUCUGCAGCUUUUCUUGCAGUGCGAUAGGGCAGACGGCCUCUCCCUGUUUGACCUCAUUUCUGGUGCCUCCCCUGCCCCUGCUGCUGAUGCUGACGCCACUGUUCGCUCACAGUGGGCCACACGUAUCGCUGCUGCUUGCCUUGCUGUGCCCCGCCACUUACCGACCACUGAGCGUGCACACUUUAGCCAGUAUAAGAGUGCUCAGACCUUGUACGACGCUGUAGUUGCACGCUACUCUUCCCCUGCCACUGCUGCACUGAGCCGCCUCAUGCUACCGUACCUCUUCCCUGACCUUGCAACCUUUCCCACUGUUGCUGACCUCAUUACGCACCUCCGCACUAGUGACACUCGCUACCGCGCUGUGCUUCCUGCUGAGGACCACUUCCUCUCUGUUUGCCCCACCACUCUUACCGUUGACCUCCUCGAGAAGGCCCUCCUAGCGAUAGAGAAGAGCAUAGUCGCUGUAGGAGCCUCUCGUGGUGACCCUCGCACCCCCGUCUUUGAGGGGUGUUCUCCCUCCCCCCUCUUGCCCUCUGUUGCCUCUGCUGCUGCGGCCGACCUCGUUGGUUUCAAGUCGAUCGGCGCUGCGUCUGCCCCGAGCGGGAGACGCCGCACCGGCAAGGGCAAGGGGGGCAAGGGCACUGGAGGAGGUGGAGGGGGCGGUGGAGGUGGUGGUGGAGGCGGUGGAGGGAGUGGGGGUGGUGGUGGGAGUGGUGCUGGGGGUGGCGGCGGCGGCGGCAGCAGUGGAGGCUGCGGAGGCGGUGGAGGUGGCGGAGGGAGCGGAGGCGGCGGAGGUAGUGGAGGAGGCGGAGGUGGAGGAGGCGGUGGAGGCGGCGGAGGCGGCGGCGGUGGCGGAGGCGGCGGUGGUGGAGCGAGUCGCGACUCUGCGUCGAGGAGUGGCGCCGGUGGUGGUCAGCGCCAGCAGCAGCAGCGGAGUGGUGUGACCCUGUCCCCUCAACAGCUUCGUGAGUGGUACACUUCACGCCAGCGCGGUGGGGGUUUUGGUCCCUGCUCUUACGCCGGGGUUGCUAUCUUUGAUCUUGACUUUGAUGCUAUUCUUGCUGCCAUGUAUGCUGUUGCUGAUAGUGUUGAGGGUGCCUGUUACCUGUGUGUACCGCCUGACCCGGGCAUUGAGGCUGCUGCUCUAGGUGCUGGUGAGACUGCUGCUCUAGGUGCUAGUGCGUCUGCUGCCCCAGGUGACAGUGCGUUUGCCGCCCCAGGUGCUGGUGAGUCUGCUCUCUCAGGUACUACGUCGGCUCAGGCCUUCCACACCUUCACCCUGGACUCGGGUGCGUCCCGCUCCUUCUUUCGAGACCGCACCACUCUUACGCCGCUUAGUCGGCCGGCUGCAGUCUCCCUAGCAGACCCCUCUUGGGGUCCUGUCCUUGCCAGCUUCUCCACUGUCCUUCCGUGCCCUGCAGCCCCCUCUGGCACCCUGUCUGGUCUCUACCUCCCCUCGUUCUCUACGAACUUGGUGAGUGGAGCGGACCUACAGGAUCGAGGGGUUGACCAGUUCACUCCUGCGAGUCAUUGA